UUGCGGAAGAAGGGUCUCGAUUAUUUGAGCCGUUUUAUUUGUUAGACACCGUGGACAUGAACACUGAUUUUAAACAAGUACCGACACUGAAAGAUUCUGAAGAUCCGCAAUAUUUCUUUCAGUAUGGAAGACCUUUGUGGGGUGCACUAUUAUUACCUUCUAGUGAAGCUAAAGGAUUCAAACCAGAACGUAUUAUCGAAUUGGCCAUGGACAAACUUAUUGGUGGGAAGUCUUUCAUUCUUUGGAAAAAAGAAUCCCAAAACAAAAUUAGUAUUAUGGAAACUUUGGCUAUCUUUGGACCCCGUUUAUGUAUUGACAUUGUGCCACAAUCUAGAUAUACAUCUCAUUUAAUAGCAAGCUAUAUGCACCUUUGUCUUGAUAUCUCAGAGGAUCGUGAAUGCAUUAUUACAUCGAUGCCUAGUGAACCUGUACUGGCAGAGGCGAGCGCUCGAAUAAUGAAUGAUCCAGAUGUCUGCUUCACAGAACUUAUUAAUCAGCUCUCUUCAGCGCUUAAGAAAGGUGUAGUAGAGGCCGGUUACCGUGGAGAGCUUACUGCUAGGUUAUUGCUUCUUAAAGCCUGGGAUGAUUGUAGUAAAAAGAAAUACCCACGUGGUACAGAUGUUGGCAACGAUUAUUCUCGUUUCGUGACUCUAAAUGAAUUUUUACGGUCACUACUCGCGGACAAGGUUUAUAACAAAAUAGAGAAUCGCCUUGGAGAGAAAGUAAUGUUUACGGGAACGAAGUUCGGCGAAGCUUACAUUAAGUUUACACACUUUAUCAAUAUUACUUAUACGCCGAACAGGAAAAAUCUCAGGGAUGCUCUAAUUCGUGGUGUUGCAUUUUCAUGGAAACGAAAUCAACGAGGCGUAGAUAUCAUUAUACCUAUAUAUAUAGGCACUCUUUAUGAACAGUUUAACGAAGAUCGUAUUUCAUACAUACUAAUACAAGUUAAAAAUUGGUCCACGCAUAAUAAAGGCGAUGACUACUUACUUUAUGCAACGGCUUUUCUGUCGCCAGCAUAUACAGGCAUUGAGGAACUUCCGCAUAUGCCAUUUUUAUCGUUGUAUUUGCAAUUAGGUGCAACAACAGAGUUUGUUGAUAUUCCGGAAGAGUUUGUUGAAACGCGCCAAACACGUCAAGUCACUUCGUGCAAACGUAAAAUCAAUGAAGUACUAAAAGAUUAUAAAACGGAUAAUAAUGAAACAAGAAAGGAAUUUUUCAAGAAGAUUAGAAUUGAUUAUGAAAAGGAAGUUUCAGGUGCCGAAAUCACAGCGUUCCGAGAGUAUUUUCAGAUCUCACUUGGAUUGUUUGGAUUAUCUUCGAACGUUUACAAUUGUCUGGGGCAGUUUACACCAGUUUCCACAACCUCAUCAUCGGCCACGAGUAACGAUCUCACAAAUAGCCUUAAGCAUUUAUUGUCUGCUUGGGUCGAUCCCACGAUGGGAGGAAAUCAAGAAAAAAUGAAGAUAAUUAAACGCAUGGAUCCAAUG